CAUCGCCUGCCCCGCCCAGGCGGCUGCCCGUGACCUGCCUGGGCGCAGGGAACGGAAAGCCGGAAGGGGCAAGACGAGUUUGGUUCGCCAUGGGGCUGUUUGGGAAAACCCAGGAGAAGCCGCCCAAAGAGCUGGUCAAUGAAUGGUCAUUGAAGAUAAGAAAGGAAAUGAGAGUUGUUGACAGGCAAAUAAGAGAUAUCCAAAGAGAAGAAGAAAAAGUGAAACGGUCAGUGAAAGAUGCUGCCAAGAAGGGUCAGAAGGACGUCUGUGUGGUUCUAGCCAAGGAGAUGAUCAGGUCAAGGAAGGCUGUGAGCAAGCUCUACGCUUCCAAAGCGCACAUGAACUCCGUGCUCAUGGGGAUGAAAAACCAGCUGGCGGUUUUGCGAGUGGCUGGUUCCUUGCAGAAGAGCACAGAAGUGAUGAAGGCCAUGCAGAGUCUCGUGAAGAUCCCAGAAAUCCAGGCCACCAUGAGGGAGCUGUCCAAAGAGAUGAUGAAGGCUGGUAUCAUAGAAGAAAUGUUAGAGGACACUUUUGAAAGCAUGGAUGAUCAGGAAGAAAUGGAAGAAGCAGCAGAAAUGGAAAUUGAUAAAAUUCUUUUUGAAAUCACAGCAGGGGCAUUGGGCAAAGCACCUAGUAAAGUGACCGACGCCCUUCCAGAGCCAGAACCUCCAGGAGCCAUGGCAGCAUCAGAAGACGAGGAGGAGGAGGAGGAGGCCCUGGAGGCCAUGCAGUCCCGGCUGGCCACACUCCGCAGCUAGGGGCCGCCCCGCCGGGCCCUCGCGCUCCUUCCCUGCCCGCCUGCCAGGAGCCGGCACACUCCUCUGAAGCGGCCACCAUUUUAUGUGUCUCUUGCACUACACCUCUGAACGAGCACUGCGUUCUGAGAAGGUUCUCUGCUCAUAUCUCUCCAUCUUUGCCGAGGUUUUGGGAUCUCAACGGGUUUGUCCUUGAGAGGCGGGGUUAUAAAUGCAUUUUCACGGGUAUACAUAGAAGUAUCUCUUGGGGGGGGGCAAAGGAAUCGGUCUUCUCGCAGUGCAUCAUCUUCAGGAAUAUAGACAGAAGUUUCUUUUGGAGGAAAGGGCAAAGGAAUCUGUCUCUCCAGAAGCACUUCGGAAAUUAGAAUUGAUUGCCUGAAUGUUGAGAACUCUUAUCUUUUUUGUCCCUAAAACACUAUAUAAAGUGGAUUUUAAUAAAUUUCUGCAUUAACACUUGG